AUGCCACCCGCCGGGGGCUUCGACCAGGGCUGGUCGGUGAACGACCCCUGCUUCUUCAAGGAUGAGGCGCGGGGCUGGAUCCUCGGUCGCGUGACCAAGGUCGUCGGCGUCGGGCGGACCGCGACGCUGUCCCUCGCGUCGGCGGACGGCAAGGUGACCGCGGAGCGGGACGCCUCCGCCAUCGAGGCCGCGUCGGCGCGCGCGCGAGAGGGCGUCGAAGACAUGGUCGCGCUCGACGAGCUCACGGAGGCCACCGUGCUCAGCACGCUGCGCGUGCGCUACGACCGCAAGCAGAUCUACACGAACGUCGGGGGCAUCCUGGUCGCCGUGAACCCCUACGAGACGAUCGCGAACGUCUACGGCGAGGACCGCAUGGCCGGCGCGGCCGCCGCCGACGCGGCAUUUAGCGGCGCGGCGCCGCACCCGUUCGUCAUGGCCGAGCAGGCGCUGCGGGCGCUGGACCGGGACCGCGCGUCGCAGUCGUUUGUGAUCUCGGGCGAGUCGGGCUCGGGCAAGACCGAGACGUGCAAGUUCAUCCUGCGGUACCUGUCGUACCGCUCGAAGCGGCGCUUCGAGCUCGCGGGGACGCCUCGCGGCGGCGCGAAUGCGCUCGAGGAGAGCGUCCUGCUGUCGAACCCGGUCCUCGAGGCCUUCGGCAACGCCAAGACGCUGCGCAACGACAACAGUUCGCGCUGGGGCAAGUACACGCAAGUGUACGUCGAGCCCUCGAGCGGCGCCAUCAAGUCCGUCGGCAUCACGGCCUACCUCCUCGAGAAGGUUCGCGUGGUUGAGCGCGCGCGCGGGGAAAGGAACUACCACGUCCUGCACCAGCUCGUCGCCGGCGCCAAAAAACAGAAGAAGGGCGACGCGGGGCUGGCGCUCGCGGUGGGCCUCGGCGACGCCCAGACGAGCCACGCCGUGCUGCGCGACACGGCGACGUCGAGCGCGGCGAUCGGCGUGGACGACGCGGCCCAGUUCGCCGUGACGCGCGACGCCCUGCGGAAGCUGGACGUGGCCCAGCCGGGGCUCUUCGGCGCGCUGGCGGCCGUGUGCCACCUGGGAGACGUCUGCUUCGAGAGUGUCGAGGCCGAGGGCCAGGACGCCGCGGCCGCGAUCGCGAAUCAGGACCUGCGGAUGGGCCGGAAGGCCGAGCACGCCGCUGACGCGGCGGCGCGCGCGCUCGGCGUCGACCGCGCGCAGCUCGAGGAAGCUUUGGUGUCGCGGCGGGUCGCCGGCGUCCGCACGCCGCGGCAGGCCGCGGAGGCCGAGCACGCGUCCAAGGCCUUCUGCAAGGCGCUGUACGCGCGCGUCUUCGACUGGGUGCUCGCGCGCGUCAACGACGCCCUCCAGGCCAUGACGAAGACGCCCGUCAGCGCCCGCCGCGCGCUCUCGGGCGACAAGAAGCCGGACUGGCUGACGGUCGGUUUGCUGGACAUCUUUGGCUUCGAGCGCUUCGAGGCGAACAGCCUGGAGCAGCUGCUGAUCAACUACGCGAACGAGCGGCUCCUCCGCGAGUUCAACGCGCAGGUCUUCGAGGCGGCGACGCGCGAGUACGCCGCCGAGGGCGUGCCCGUCGGCGACCUGACGUUCCAGGACAACGCGCCCCUCCUCAAGACGCUGGAGCACCCGCGCGACGGCGUCUUCGCGUUGUUGAACUCGGAGUGCGUGCGCCGGGACGGCAAAGACGAGAAUCUGCUGAAGCAGCUCCUCAAGAAACACGAGCGCGCGCCCUUCGUCGGGGAGCGGCGGGGCCCGCUCCCGGGCGUCUUCGUGCCGCGCGUGUCCGUGAAGUCGACGAGCGCCGAGCGCGCGGACGCGCUCAGCGUCUUCGGCGUGUCGCACUUCGCCGCGGACGUGAGCUACCGCAUCAACGCCUUCGUGGAGAAGAACCGGGAUCGCCUGCCGAACGAGAUCUGCGCCCUCGCGGCGACGUCCGACGCGCCCUUCGUCGCGAGCCUCUUCGCGGACAUCGACGACGAGGCCCCGCAGACGUCGCAGCAGAAGCGGUCCCAGCGCUACGUCGCCGCGUCCUUCGCCGAGAGCCUGGGCAAGCUGACGCAGCUCCUCGACGCGACGCGGCAGUCGUUCGUGCGCUGCGUCAAGCCGAACGAACUGAUGAAGGCGGCGGCCUUCGACGGCGUCGUCGUGCUGGAGCAGCUGCGCUGCAUGGGCAUGCUCGAAUUGAUCGAGGCGCGGGCGCGGGGCUACGCGGGGCGCAUGGACCACGCCGCGUUCGCGUCGCGCUACGGGCUGCUGUUGGAGGACAAGGUCGCGGACGUGCGGCGCUACUCGACGAAGACCACGAAGAAGCUCGCGGCGGAGUUCCUCGCGCUCCUCCAGCGGCACGUGCCGGGCGUCGAGGCCGUGGCGGUCGGAAAAACUAAAGUCUUCCUGAAGCGGCCGGCGGUCGACGCGCUCGAGACGGCCCGGGAGACGCGCAUGAAGGCCGACGUGCUGCUCGCGCUCGGCGAGGCCGUCGCGGCGCGCGACGUCGAGGCCCUCGAGCUCACGCUGCGCAUCGCCGACGAGCUCCGCCUCUCGGACACGCCGGAGGCCGCCCGGGCGCGGCAGGAGGUCGAGGUCGAGGGGCGAUACCGGGCGGUCGUCGCCGCCGUCGCCGAGGGCCGCGCCGACGUCAUCACCGCGGCCCUCGACGGCAUUCAAGAUAAAGCGGGCCGCGUCGGCGCGGCCGUCGACUGCGCCCGAGCGGCGGUCGCCGGCCUGGCGGCCGCGGAGGCCUUGCGGGAUGCCACGCCGGACACGGCCGCCGGCCUCGUCAAGCAGAGCGCGGCGGCCCAGGCCGCCCUCGCGAAGGAACUGGGGAAAAGCCGCGAGGCGCGCCCCAAGGACGUCGCCGAGAGCUCGCCGGAGCUGCCCCUGGAGACGCUGCGGGCGAUCCAGGCCGCCGUCGAGGAGGGCCUCGCCGCGUGCGCGCGGCUCGCCGAGCAGAAGGCGGCCGUCGACGCCUUAACUAAGGCCGUCGCCAAGGGCGACGGGGCGGUCCUCGCGCGCGUCGUCGCGCAGUACGAGUCGCUGCCGGGCGACGCCGUGCGGCGCGCGCGCGACGCGGCCCGCGACGCGCUGGCGGUCACCGAGGUCCGCGAGGAGCUCCUGCGCCACAAGGCCGCGUGCGCGAAGCUCGAGCGGGAGUCGUGGAAGGACGCGACCUGCGAGGCCUACGCGAAGAAGACCGAGGGGCCGCUCCUCGAGCUCGAGAAGACCCUGGCCCGGUGCGCCGGCAAGGACUACGCCUGGCUGCGCAAGGACGUGGGCGCCGCGUCGGCGACGGCCACGAAGCUCCGGGCGAAGCGCGACAAGGCGGCCGCGCGCGCCCAGGCCAUCGCCAUGGAGAAGCUCGCCUCGGCCGAGCGCGCGCGCGUCCUCGCGGCGCAGGCCGAGGCGCGCGCCGAGGCCGAGGCGAAGGCGAGGCGGGAGGCCGAGGCGCAGGCCGAGCGCCGCCGCCUGGACGCCGAGGCCGAGGCGCGCCGCGAGGCGGAGGCCCGCGCCGCGGCCGCGGCCGCCGCGGACGCGCCGCCGCCGCCGCCGGCCCUCGAGGGCCUUUCCGAGAGCGAACUCGCGCGCGUCCGCGAGAGCGAGCUGAGCCGGAGCCGCGCGGUGCGCAUGGAGGGCCUCGACGCGACGGAGGAACGGGCCAUCCGCGCCGAGGGCGAAAAGGUGAAGCGGGCCGGCCGCACGGCCUUCUGCGAGCUCCCCUGGGCGGCCCGCGUGCAAAAGCUGGUGGAAGGCACGCGCCUGCUCAAGCUCUCGACGACGUCGUCGGCGCGCGUCAUGCCGAACGCGGAGUGGAAGCAAGUCCGGCUGAACUGCCCGUGCGACGCGCGGGGCACGCCGCUGCUCGCGAACGACCCGGCCGCGCGGAACCCGGACGCGAAGCGCGGCGCAUACCUGACCUGGCCUUCUCAUACUAUUUUGAGGCGGGGCCACCGCAAACUCAUGCUCGACGGGAUUACCGCCGUGCACGUGGGCACGAACGCGAAGCAGUGGUGCACCAUGGUGCCGACGGAGUGGCACUACGUGACGCUCGUGACGCGGGAGCGGUCCUACGACUUUGGGUUCGAGGACGCGUCGGAAUUGCUGCUCUGGGUGAACACGCUGCAGCGGAUUACGUGCGAAGAAUGGACGCAGCAGUGCAACGCCGGCGAGGCCGCGGAAUUGUUCCGGGGCGCCAUCUCCGACGCGCAGCACCGCUUCUACCGGAGUCGGCGCGCCGGCGCGGGCGGCUCCGACCAGUUCAACCCCUCGCUCAAGGAGCUCUGCCCGGUCCUGUACCCGCUCGCGCCCCAGCUCGCGUCGACGGCCGCCGAACUCGGCGUGAGUUUCGCGUGCGACGCCCCGCGGCCCCACAAGUUCUGCGCCUGGACGGCGGCCGCGGUCCUCGAGGCGCCGAUCGCCCACGCCGAGGCGGUCGUGUCGAUGCGGGCCGUGCUUUCGGACCUCGGGUUCUACGCGAACGGGCGCUUCGCCUGUUCCGCCGGCUUCUAUGACGAAAAUGGCCUCGCGCACACGUUGGCGCGGCAGGCCAUCAAGCAGCCCUCGCCGGCCUCCGCCGAGUCGCCGACCUCUAGCAAGUCAGGUUCCGGCAUGAUCACGAUCCGGGCGCAGCACGCAAAAACCGGCAAGGUGUCCGUGCUCAAAAUCAAAAAGGGCACGAAGAUGGCGUCCGUCUUCGAGGCGCAUGCGAAACACAAAGGAUUACGUAGCACCAACUUGGAGAAGGUCAAGACCUCGAAGCGGAGCCCGUCCCGGCGCCAGUAG